AUGCGCUCUGUAGCGGGAUUAGCGGCUGUGAUCCUGAUUUCUACUUUAUAUUUAUAUUAUAUUUCAUCUUUACUUCCUCCUGUAGAGCUCAGAUCCUCACCACACCAACAUGAACCUGAGAACCAUGAGCAACCUUCAGAAACAAGCAGCCAGGAGCUGCAGUUGAAGUUUCCCUCUGAUCUGGAGGAAUUAAAGCAAAUAACUGAUCUGUUACGUUUCUAUAAAUCUGAACACAGUGGAUUCGUUCUGCUGCUCUUCUGUAGCGCUUAUCUGUACAAACAAGCCUUCGCUAUACCUGGAUCUUCAUUACUGAAUGUCCUGUCGGGGGCGCUGUUCGGGCCCUGGAUGGGUUUGUGCUUGUGCUGCUCUCUCACCACUGUUGGGGCGACGCUGUGUUUCCUUCUGUCUCAAACUUUUGGAAAACAUCACAUCAUACGACUGUUUCCUCACAGAGUCGCCCAGCUACAGACCAAAGUGGAGGAAAACCGCAGCAGUUUGUUCUUUUUCCUCCUGUUCCUGCGUUUGUUCCCAAUGAGUCCAAACUGGUUCCUGAACAUGAGCUCACCCAUCGUCAACAUCCCAGUUACACACUUCUCCCUGUCUGUACUCAUAGGUCUGAUGCCCUAUAACCUGGUGUGUGUGCAGAUGGGCGUGGUCUUGUCUGAUCUCUCGUCUCUGGAUGAUGUUCUAUCGUGGGACGUGGUGCUGAAACUGCUUCUCAUCGCCUCCAUCGCCCUGCUGCCCUCUGCUCUCAUCCGUCGCUAUGGAAACAAACAUCCAUUCACACACUCCGAACACAAAGACCGCUGACGACCAACCUCACACACACACUCACACACACACUCACACACUCACAAAGGUGCUAUAUUAUUAUAUUAUUUGUAUUUAUGCAAUUGUGUGAAACAGACUGACUGAGAUCACAGAGAGAGAAUUGAAGUAAAACUCCUAUAUCACCCCCGUGAAAAAGUAUUUGCCCCCUUGGUUACUUAAUAAUAAGUUCACAAAGGUUAAUUGGAAUCUAGUUUAGUUAAUUAAACAAAAGCAGGUUUGAUUUCAGCAGCUCUGUAGAAUAUAAAUUUCACUCAACUCAUCAAAUUCAGGCACUUAAAGUUUGUACAGGAACAUCAUGCUACAUUCUGAGCAGUUGUCGAGAAGCUGUGAACAUCUAAUGCUCCAGAAGGUCCUCUUCAAAUAGCGAACACUUGGAGCAGUGUUGAAUUUACCCGGGGCUGCUGAAAUUUCCAGUUACUCCUUAAGAAGGUCAGAAAAACCCGCCAAAAAAGGUCUCCGCCUCGGCUAAACUCAGCAUUUGUGACUCCACAAUAUAAAAUAGAUUCUGCAACACUGCUAUUCAUGGGACGAUAGCAAGAAGGAAACCACUGCUAACCAAAAACACCAGAGCUCAUCUAAUAUUUAUAAAAAAAAACACCUGAAUGAUCUUGAAAGCACUGUGAUAAUGUUUACAGACAGGGUGUCCACAUACUUUCGGUCAUGUAGUGCAUCAUGUUUUGUUUAAUGAUCCUUAAUCAUGUCAUGUGGGAUCUUUUUCAUGUUUCAUUACCGUUUUGCUGGCUGUACUGUAGUAACACAAUCCAACACGGCACCAACCCCUCACUGGUCCCGGCCACUGGUAUAACCAGUCUGUGUGUGGAUGCCUGACCAGCGGGGAUUCAAACCCUGGAUGUCAGCAGUAGUGCGGUGGUGUAAUUUACUGCUGCGCCACGGAGAUCCCUUUCAGUAAAAUCUAACCUCUUUUUAUAGAGGUUAUAAAUCCCCAGGCUUUCACACAUCAGCUUUAAUAUUGCAAUAAAAAUCAUAUCCACAGAUUUUUAAAUGAAUAAUCAGUGUGUUUACAUGAUAAUAAUGAAUCUUUUCUGUAUUUAUAUUUAAAAUUCUUGUGUUGUUGGUUUUCCUCAGGCCAGUUUGUGAUGUUAGUUUGAAGAUGACUCUCUGAUUGUGACGUGUGAUUUAUAUUUUUACUUCUGCAGA